AUGUCAGCGGGCAAUUAUGACAUCGACCCGGCUUGGCCUCCAGGCACCGUGGGACUUGAAGACAUCUCUCCUUCAACUGAAGGAGCGGAAGUAAUCUUCGAGCCAAAGCCAUCCAGCGACCCAAAUGAUCCGUUGAAUUGGCCGCAAUGGAGAAAAUACGUGAAUUUUGCGUUCGUUUCUUACUAUGUCAUGAUGGUGCUUGCGCUCAUUGACGUCGCGACUGUCACAUGGGGACCAGUGAAUGCCGAACUGGGCUUUAGCUUCGUUUUGCUCAACGACAGUUACGCCGCCGGUUGUGGAGCGCUGUGCAUUGGAGCCGUGAUACUUGUCCCUUUCGCUCUUAAGUUCGGACGACGACCCAUAUACGUUUUCAGCACGGCCGUCCAAUGUGGCAUCAGUAUUUGGUCUGCCCGGAUGCAAACCGUGGCAGACCUAAUGCUGGUCAACGUAUUGAGUUGCAUCGUCGGCGCUCUGGCAGAAGUCCUUGUCCAAAUGACAGUGGCGGAUAUGUUCUUCGUGCACGAAAGAGGCCUCAUGAACACGUUGUACUAUUGGGUGACGACUGUGGGUGUCACCCUGGCCCCGCUGGCUGGUGGGUAUAUCACUCUUGGCCAGGGCUGGCGUUGGGUGUGGUGGUGGAUGGCCAUUUUGUUUGGAGUUGGAUUGGUUGCCUUUGUUUUCUUCUAUGAAGAGACGAUGUUCUGUGUGCCAUCCAUCGAUGGGGUCCCCGUUGCUGAUAAGAUGGGACCGGAGCCAACCUCUGAGAAGCAGGGGUUCGAGGCAUCUGACUCAAAGCGAGAUGAACAAGGCCUGGUUCCGCACACCACACAAGUUGAACCCGUCCAGAUUGAUUACUCGAUUCCAAAGAAGCCCUACUUGAAGAAGUUGGCAUUAUGGACCAAUUCUCCCAUGUCUUUCAUCGAGUUAUUGAAGCACAGCUAUCAGCCGUUCUUGAUCAUGUUCAGUAUUCCAGCGGUCUUCUUCAUGGCCCUAGAAUACGGAAUCAUGACUGCUUGCACAACAGUGCCAGUCACAACUCUCUCAUCAGUCAUGACUCUCCCGCCGUACAAUUUCGGCGCGGCCCAAAUUGGCUUGAUGGGGCUUCCCCCGUUUAUCGGCGCUAGCCUGGCAACUAUCAUAUGUGGCCCAUUGAGUGACUCCAUUGCGCUUCGACUGGCGAAGAGAAAUGGCGGCGUGUUUGAGCCCGAAAUGCGUCUCUGGCUGUGCCUAAUAUUCCUGCCACUCGUUCCAGCAGGCCUCUUCAUGUUUGGAAUUGGUCUGAAUAAUGGCUCUCAUUGGCUUCUUCCAGCAUUUGGAUUGGGUAUUAAUGCGUUUGGCGUGGUUCCUGCCAGCAGUGCUGCGCUCACAUACCUCACCGAUGCAUACACAGAUAUCAUCGCCGACUCUAUUGUUGGGCUCACCUUCAUCCGUAACUUGAUCUCUACAAUCUUUGUCUUUGCUCUGGCACCGUGGGUCGACCGGGUUGGAUUGACAUGGUUCUAUGUGACCUUUGGCUUGAUCACCACAUUCAUCAUGCUCGGGAACAUUAUAUUCAUCUAUUUUGGAAAGUCAUUCAGAGUUCGUAGUGCAAGGAAAUAUCGCUAUUUCAGUGCGCACUGA